UUCAGCCGAGUUAGUGUUAGUGGGCGGUUUUCUCAAGCUUUCUCUUUCUCUAGCUCUCCGUCUCUGAGAGGGCGGAGGAGGGUUGCUGGAUAUAGCGAUUUGGGGGAGAGGAAUCAAGGGUUUCUAGUGUGAAAUUAGUGAGUUGCUACCAUGGUUAGGAAGAGGAGAACUGAACUGCCAGGGACUGGGGAGGCCUCUGAGCCACAGGAGUCUAGUGGGGGCAGUGGACGAGGUGUUCCUCAGCCUCCAGGUGAAAGGACUCCAAUCCCUCAACAUGGGGGUGGGGGACGGAGUUGGGGCUCAGGUAGUUCGCAACAGUCCCAACAAGGCGGCCGUGGUGGUGGAUAUUACCACAGCCGUGGUGGUGGUCAGCCACGUGGUGGGAUGGUCACUCAACAUCCUGGUGGCCCACCUUCUGAACUCCAGGGUCGAGGUGGUGCUCAAUCACAUGGCGGAAUGGUGCCUCGUCAGCCUGGUGGGCUGCCUCCUGAAUUCCAGGGUCGAGGUGGUCCUCGACCACGGGGUGGGACGCCACCGCGCCAGUAUCAUGGAGGUCGCAGGGGUGGUGGUGCUGGUCCCAGCAGUAGCCGUGGAUCCUCUUCCUUUCCUGGUCCAUCCGGGCCAUCAGCACCCGAGCUGCACCAAGCAACCCAAGCUCCACAUCAAGCUUUGCCACCAUUGCAAUCACAAGCCAGUUCUUCAUCUCAGCCACCUGAAGUUGCUGUUCAGCAGCAACUUCAGCAGCUUUCAAUUCAAGGAGAGUCUUCGUCAAGCAUUAUAAUCCAGCCAGCUACUACAGUUGUUGCAUCCAGUAAAUCAAUGAGAUUUCCUCUGCGUCCUGGAAAGGGUAGUUAUGGGGACAGAUGUGUGGUCAAAGCAAAUCAUUUUUUUGCCGAACUUCCUGAUAAAGAUCUCCAUCAAUAUGAUGUUACAAUAACUCCUGAAAUAACAUCUCGUGGUGUGAAUCGAGCUGUCAUGGAACAACUGGUUAAGCUAUACAGAGAGUCUCACUUAGGAGGUCGCCUUCCAGCUUAUGACGGGCGAAAAAGUCUUUACACAGCUGGGCCCCUGCCUUUUACUUCGAGAACCUUUGAAAUCACCCUUUAUGAUGAGGAAGAUGGUGCUGCGGGUGGUCAGAGGAGGGAAAGACCAUUCAAGGUUGUAAUCAAGUUCGCUGCCCGUGCUGAUCUCCACCAUUUAGAGCUGUUUUUAUCUGGGAAACAAGCUGAAGCUCCUCAAGAAGCUCUUCAAGUUCUUGACAUUGUUCUUCGCGAAUUGCCUACUGCAAGAUAUUUACCGGUUGGCCGUUCAUUUUAUUCUCCUGACCUUGGGAGAAGGCAAGCUCUUGGUGAGGGCUUAGAAAGCUGGCGUGGGUUUUACCAGAGCAUCCGCCCUACGCAAAUGGGGCUGUCACUUAAUAUUGACAUGUCAUCCACGGCUUUUAUUGAGCCACUUCCAGUUAUUGACUUUGUCACCCAGCUUCUGAACAAAGAUGUCUCUGCCAGACCAUUGUCAGAUGCUGAUCGAGUGAAGAUCAAGAAAGCUUUGAGAGGGGUCAAGGUUGAGGUUACACAUCGUGGGAAUAUGCGCCGAAAGUACCGUAUAUCUGGUUUAACAUCUCAAGCUACGAGAGAGCUGACGUUUCCUGUUGAUGAAAGAGGAACCAUGAAGUCUGUGGUGCAAUAUUUUCAAGAGACUUAUGGUUUCAGCAUUCAGCAUGCAACAUUACCUUGCUUGCAAGUGGGAAAUCAACAGAGGCCAAAUUAUCUACCGAUGGAGGUAUGCAAGAUUGUUGAAGGCCAAAGGUACUCCAAGAGGUUGAACGAGAAACAGAUUACUGCACUUCUUAAGGUGACCUGCCAACGCCCACAGGAACGAGAGCGUGAUAUUAUGAAGACUGUCCACCACAACGCAUAUCAUGAUGAUCCCUAUGCAAGGGAAUUUGGAAUCAAGAUCAGUGAGAAACUUGCUUCUGUUGAGGCACGGAUUUUGCCUGCACCAUGGCUCAAAUACCAUGAUACUGGCAGAGAGAAAGAUGUUUUGCCCCGGGUUGGCCAAUGGAAUAUGAUGAAUAAGAAAAUGGUCAAUGGUGGAAGGGUAAAUAAUUGGGCAUGCAUUAACUUUUCGCGAAAUGUACAAGAUAAUCUUGCACGUGGUUUUUGUCAUGAGCUGGCUCAGAUGUGCCAUAUAUCUGGAAUGGAUUUUGCUUUAGAGCCUAUUCUUCCACCAUCAAGUUCCCGACCUGAGCACGUGGAACGAGCUUUAAAAGCGAGAUAUAAUGAUGUCAUGAACAAACUCAAACCUGAGGGCAAAGAACUUGAUUUGCUUAUUGUAAUUCUUCCUGACAAUAAUGGUUCUCUUUACAGUGAUCUUAAACGGAUUUGCGAGACGGAUCUUGGAUUGGUCUCACAGUGCUGUCUAACUAAGCAUGUAUUUAAGAUGAGCAAACAAUAUUUAGCUAAUGUUGCUCUUAAGAUAAACGUGAAGGUUGGUGGAAGAAACACAGUACUCAUGGAUGCUCUGACAAGGCGUAUACCUCUUGUCAGUGAUAGGCCAACCAUAAUAUUUGGGGCAGAUGUUACUCAUCCUCAUCCAGGGGAGGACUCCAGCCCCUCCAUAGCUGCUGUUGUUGCUUCUCAAGAUUGGCCAGAGGUCACAAAGUAUACUAGUAGGGUGAGCGCUCAAGCCCAUCGGCAAGAACUGAUACAAGAUUUAUUUAAAGUCUGGCAAGAUCCCCAAAGAGGAACUCUUAGCGGUGGCAUGAUAAAGGAUCUCCUUAUCUCCUUCAAACGAGCAACUGGUCAGAAACCUCAGCGUAUUAUAUUCUUCAGGGAUGGUGUUUCUGAGGGUCAAUUCUAUCAAGUGCUACUGUAUGAGCUUGACGCAAUACGAAAGGCAUGCGCUUCUUUGGAGCCUAAUUAUCAGCCUCCAGUGACUUUCGUGGUUGUGCAAAAGCGCCAUCAUACCCGACUAUUUGCAAAUAACCAUGCAGAUCAGCGCUCUGUUGAUAAGAGUGGAAAUAUAUUACCUGGCACCGUUGUUGAUUCCAAGAUUUGCCAUCCAACUGAGUUCGACUUCUACUUGUGCAGCCAUGCUGGCAUACAAGGUACAAGCCGCCCUGCUCAUUACCAUGUUUUAUGGGAUGAGAACAAGUUCACUGCAGACCAACUCCAGUCCCUUAUCAACAAUCUAUGCUACACUUAUGCGAGGUGCACAAGAUCAGUAUCUAUUGUGCCACCCGCUUACUACGCUCACUUGGCUGCUUUUCGAGCUCGUUGUUACAUGGAGCCAGAGACUUCUGAUAGUGGAUCAAUGGCAAGUGGUGCGGUUGGUCGAGGUGCUCCUGUAGCAAGCCGCAGCCGUGUCCCGGGUUCCGCCGCCGUGAGGCCCCUUCCUGCACUAAAGGAAAAUGUUAAGAGAGUCAUGUUCUAUUGCUAAGAAGCAAGCUGCAAAAACAAAGACCCUUUUAUUAUUCUGAAGUUAAGUUUGUUUUAUGUUUUGAACAGUGAUUGCUUGAGUUGUUUUAUGGUGGUACCUAAAACUCAAUUAUGUAUGUUCUUAACCUGACUUUGAAGCAAUGUUAUGUUUGUGUUGUAUUU